GUUAAGUUGUGGACAUUUAACUUUACACGUCGUGUUUUUAUUUUUAGUUUCUCUAAUUUUUAUUAAAUUUUGUGAUUUUUUUCAUAUUUUUGUACAAUUAUUAUAAUAAUUAUGCAGUGAUUAGUAUUAUAAUGGAUGUCAAAACAUCGACAGAGGCUAGUAAAAUGUUAGAGGCCGCUUUACAACAAAUGGAUGGCAUUAUUUCGAAUGCCUCUGCAAACAGCCAAAAUGGAGGUGGGUCUUCCCUUCCCCGUACAGAUCAAAUACAAAACAUGUCAAGCCUAUCAAUUAAUACUGAAAACGGAAGUGCGAAUACUUUAAAUGAACGUAGUAUUAUAUCAGCGGAAAAUGUACUAUCAACGGCUAAAACUUUGGCUUUGGCAUUGCAACAGGUUGGAUUAACUGCCCCGGCACCAGACCCCGUAACUGCUGCAAUUAUAAGUGAUUGGCUGGAGUGUCAUAUACCUCGCCAAGAUUCCGACGAGCGAUUGCGCCGAUUACAACGGGAUAAAGAAUCAAUAUCUCUUCAAUAUCGAAUGGUAGCUGAUAAAGUAUGCGAACAGGCAGAUAAAAUUCUAGAGCUUGAACGUUUGUUGUCUGAAAAAACGCAGCAAUUAAGUGCCAAAGAUGAACUUUUACAAAGACAAUUAUGCACACGUUCGGAAUUGGAAACUCAAAAACUAGAGCUCAUGUCAGCAUUGAGCGAGCUAAAGUUGCAUAGAGCGGCUUUGGAAAAAGAAAAUUUGGAAUUGAAAAAUUUUGAAAACUUAAGUAUCUCCAAAGAGCAGUUAAAACAUUUUACCGCUCCAUUCGGUAGUAUGGGUAACUUGACUCAGUUGAAUUUCUCAAACAAAAGUGGACAUUCUCCAAAGACGCCUCCAACUGCUUUACGACAUCAAAUACAUCCUUUAUAUCACAGCUUACCACGUUCACAAUGCUAUAAGAAUGGAAAUAAGCCAAAAUUGCCUAUAAAUCCAAAUCAUAACAAUAACAACAACAAUGGAAACAUAAGUAAGCAACGUAAUGUUGUAUUUGCUUCGAACGAAAAAAUUCUUAUUGAUGACACCAGUAUUCAAAAUGAUUCAUCGGAUCUGAUGUUUAAUAGUUUCACGAGCAAUUCAAAUGUCAAUUCGACACCUUCACCAACUUUAAAAGAAAGAUCAGCUAAAAGUUUACGAAAUAUUUUUGGUAAAUUAAGGCGUAGUAAUAGUGGCAAUUUGGAAUUACCUGCUCUAGAACAAGCAGAACCUGAAUUUCGUCGAGGGGAUCGAGCAAGAGCAACGGCCGGUGGUCGUAUAGAAUGGGCUACACAAUUUUCAAUAAAUUCAAAUAAGAAUUGGUCGGAAUGGUCUGAGCAAGAAGUUUGUAAUUGGCUAAACGAAAUAGGCUUGGCGUGUUAUGAAGAAGAUUGCAGAAAGUGGCUAAAAAACAAACCUUCAGUAUGCUUUUUUACUGCAUCGCCUGUGGACAUUGAAAAAGAAUUAUGUUUAAAAUCUCCUUUACAUCGGAAAAAAAUCAUGCUUGCUAUUGAUGAACUCACAAGUAAAGAAUUAGACCAUUUAUCUUUGAAAGCAGCACAAUUAGACAUUGGCUGGGUUAUGCGAUGGUUGGAUGACAUUGGGUUACCACAGUACAAAGAUAAUUUCUUACAAGCUAAAAUUGAUGGACGGAUGUUACAUCGCUUAACAAUGGAAGAUUUGGUACAGUUGCAAGUUACAUCUUGUCUUCACAUAGCGUCUCUUAGAAGAGCUAUACAAUGUAUGCGUGAAACUGAAUGGAAUCCUGAUUGUUUAAUUAGGAGAUCAACAAAAAUAUCAAAGAGAAAUAGCACGGAGUUGGACGAAAAUACAAGUAAUAAUGAGGAAUUGGAUACAAGUAUUGAAUUCAUAUCAUUAUGGACAGCCCAUCGGGUUAUGGAAUGGUUACGUGUUGCCGACUUAUCAGAGUAUGCGCCAAAUUUAAGAGGAGCAGGUGUUCAUGGUGCCUUAAUGCUUUAUGAGCCUCGAUUUAAUGCGGAUUUGUUAGCAGACUUAUUGAGUAUACCGCCAAGCAAGACAUUAUUACGCAGACAUUUAGCUACCCAUUUUAAAGAACUGUUAGGACGAGAUGUUAUACAUGCCAAGCGUGAUGCAGAGGCACAAAUUGGUUACCAACCUUUAACUAUAACUGCUAAAAUAAGACCACCUAAAAAGACUCAAUUUUCUUUAAAACGAAGAAAAUCCACCAAAGGUCUUCAAUGUGGUUCGAACGAAAUUGAGUGGACCGAUUAUGUCUGUCCUAUGAACACUUCGAACAAUACACACAAUAAUUCGGCAACGUCUUCAUCGACAACCUCUACAAAUACUUCAGAACAAGCGCAAUAAAAAUAUAUAUAUAAAUCUUAUUUAUUUAUAAUAAUUUCGAUUAAACUGUGUAAGAUUCAGUUUAAUUGAAAAAAGUUGAACGAAAAAAAAACAUUUAUAAGGGCCUCAAUUGCUUUUUAAUGAUAUUAACGAUUUAAAAACAAUAAAUAAUUUAGGUACAAUUAACAAAUAUAAUAUCAUUAACUCAAAAGUAUGAGGACUGCAUAUCAUUAUUCCAGAAAUGAAUAUUUAAAUUUUGAGCAGUGCCACUUUUUCUGCAAAAUUUCUUCCCUUAGUGCGAACUAUAAAACCAGUUUUAAAUAUUUUAUUCAUAUUUACUUUUUGGUACCAAAAAUGUUUAUUCAAGAAUCAAAUACAUCUCCAUUUUCACCUUAAAAAAAUUUACCACAACUUUUAUGUUUCUUAAUUAAUUCCACUACAAUAGAAACGCAUUUAAUCCAGAAAAUGUAAUUUUCAAUCAAUAUGUCUUCCAAAAGUCUUAGCUGAGUUAUUUAUUUUAGUAAAUAUUUGCUCAAGAGAACAAUAAGCCCAAACCAAAACGAAAGUAUUGCAAAGCAUUACAAUUACAAAACUGUUAUUGAAAAGAAUAUUUUUUUUUUUAAUAAAAAAAUACAUUUUAUCUAACUUUAAAUCAAUAUUAUUAAAAAUACUCACCACGUAAAAAGAGUAUAAUUUUAUAUAUUGUUAUUAAUUAAUAAUUUUCUGCAUUUUUUAAAAAUAAUUUUAAGUUGUCUUCAGUUUUAUGAUUAGAAAAUUGUAAAGAAAAUAAUUAUAAAAUAUUUCGCCUUAUUAAUCAAGCGUUAAAAUUACUUAAGAAAUAUAUUUGCACUUAUUAUUA